UCUGGCUCUGGGCGAGAGUGUGAGUGGCUGGGAGCCGCCGGCGGAGCCGCGGACGGUUUGCUGAGCCCGUUAGUGCCGCCGCCAUGUCCCGCUACCUGCGCCCCCCCAACACGUCUCUGUUCGUCAGGAACGUGGCGGACGACACCAGGUCUGAAGAUUUACGUCGGGAAUUUGGUCGUUAUGGUCCAAUAGUAGAUGUUUAUGUUCCGCUUGAUUUCUACACUCGACGGCCAAGAGGAUUUGCAUAUGUUCAGUUUGAGGAUGUUCGUGAUGCUGAAGAUGCUUUACAUAAUUUGGACAGAAAAUGGAUUUGUGGGCGUCAAAUUGAAAUCCAGUUCGCACAGGGG